UGACCGUCUAUCUUCUCCCACCCUCAGAGGAGGGGGCCUGGCUCUGCUGGCGGCGGGGCGGCAGUCUGGCAGACACAGGAGAAGGGGAAUGUGAGCGCCUACAAAGGCUCCUCCGUGCUCGUGUGUGUUACCCGGACGUUUCGGAUUUGGGGAUUUUACAGCGGCGGCCCGUGUGUUCAUGCGGAGGAGGCGCGGCACCGCGGCGGUUUAUCACUGAGGUGGAAUAAAGCAGCAGAGGCUGUCACCGUCUGUAGUGACCUGUGGCCGUGCACGGAGGCUGCACCCCAGAGCUGCAUAGAUGCCUGCAGAACUCCAACAGGAGCAAAGUCCCAGUAACCAGACCUCAAUGACCAUGAUGCAAGAACCUCCAGAGAUGAUGGAAGAGACAGUUACUGUAGAAGAGGAUCCUGGAACUCCCACCUCCCAUGUGUCCAUUGUCACAUCAGAUGAUGGAACCACUAGAAGGACCGAAACCAAGGUUACAAAGAUGGUAAAAACAGUCACCACUAGAACCGUGCGCCAAGUGCCACUUGGUCCAGAUGGGAUGCCUGUAAUUGAUGCUUCCUCUCCAAUCGCUGGUUACACAGAUUCUAUUGACAGAAGAUACAUGAAAAAUGGGGAACGUUUUAUAAACCCACAGGGAACUUCAACUUUGACUAGGUCCUACAACAACAGUUACAGUGAUUCUUAUGGUGAUCAUCACGAGACCCCGUACCGCCCCUUCAUGGCACAUGAAGGCUACGGAGAAAUGCCAGACAACUAUGGAAGCCUGUCCCGUGGAAUUAAUUACCGCCCACGAUACGCUUACACUCCGGGAAAUAGUUAUCGCCCUGAAGAUGGCAGUUAUACCCUCCCAACUCGUAGGGAGAACUAUGUUCCUAUUGCGCAGCCCCAAGUGCCAAUUGGAAGUAGUGUGGACUUAAACCGAUCCCAGCCAGAGCGUUUCCAGCCUGAGCCAUAUGGUCUAGAGGAUGAUAAUCGUAGUCUUGGAGCGGAUGAUGAAGGCUACGAGUUAGAUCCAGAUUACUCAACCAUGAAUAGAAGAGUCCUUCCUGGCAUGCCUCUUACAAGCCGGCCCCACAAAACAAGGGCUUAUGAUGACCCUCUGGAAUCUGAACUGAUUGAGGAGAGAAUCCCCUACCUUCAUGGUGGUUAUGCAGCUCCUCUGGCUCAGCCUGAGAGAGGAAGUCUUGCCAGUAUAGACCGACUGGGAAAGCGUUCACCUUCCAUCGACAGCAUCCGUAAAGAUCCACGAUGGAGAGAUCCUGACCUUCCAGAGGUCAUUGCAAUGCUCAAUCAUCCAAUUGACCCAGUCAAGUCCAACGCAGCUGCCUAUUUGCAGCACUUGUGCUAUGAAAAUGAUAAAAUAAAGAAAGAGGUAAGGCAUCUCAAAGGCAUUCCCAUUCUGGUGGGUUUAUUAGACCAUCCAAAGCCUGAAGUCCACAGAAAAGCCUGCGGAGCCCUCCGUAACAUUUCGUAUGGAAAAGAUAAUGAAAACAAAGUGUCAAUUAAGAACUGUGAUGGAAUUCCUGCUUUAAUACGACUUCUGAGGAAGACAAAUGACAUGGAAGUGAGAGAGCUGAUAACAGGUACCCUGUGGAACCUGUCCUCGUAUGAACCCUUAAAGAUGGUGAUCAUCAACCACGGUCUUCAGACGCUUACUAAUGAGGUGAUCAUACCUCACUCUGGCUGGGAGAAUGAGCCAAAUGAGGACUCCAAGCCUCGAGAUGCAGAGUGGACAACUGUCUUUAAGAACACCUCUGGCUGCUUAAGGAAUGUCAGUUCAGAUGGCGCUGAAGCCCGCAGAAGGCUGCGUGAGUGUGAUGGACUGGUGGAUGCCCUGCUCCAUGCCCUCCAGUCUGCAGUCAGUAAAAAGGACACAGACAACAAGUCUGUUGAAAAUUGUGUGUGCAUCAUGCGCAAUCUGUCAUACCACGUCCACAAGGAGGUGCCAGGAGCAGACCGAUUUCAUGAUUUAGACAGCAAUCUCCAAAGUGGGAUUGGUGGACAGCAAAAGAAAAAGAAAGAUGAUGCUGGCUGCUUUGGAGGCAAAAAAGCUAAAGGAAAAAAGAAUGGGGACAUGGAUAAGAACUUUGACACUCUUGACUUGCCAAAACGUCCUGAGUCUGCAAAAGGAUUUGAACUUUUGUACCAGCCAGAAGUUGUACGUCUCUACUUAUCUAUACUAACCGAAAGCCAAAACUACAACACCUUGGAGGCAGCAGCGGGAGCAUUGCAGAAUCUGAGCGCUGGCAACUGGACUUGGUCUACCUAUAUCCGUGCUACAGUCCGGAAAGAGAGAGGCCUGCCGGUGCUUGUUGAGUUGCUUCAGUCAGACUCCGACAAAGUAGUCAGGGCUGUUGCCAUUGCUCUGAGGAAUCUUUCCAUGGACCGGCGCAACAAAGAUUUGAUUGGUAAUUAUGCCAUGGGACAGCUGGUCCGAAACUUGCCUGGAGGACAACAGCGUCCUGCUAAGAAUCUGGAAGAGGACACCGUGGUUGCAGUGCUGAACACGAUCCAUGAAAUAGUCACCGAUAGCUCUGAAAAUGCCCGUUCUCUCGUCCAAACACAAGGAAUUGAAAAACUUAUCACUAUAAACAAAUCAAGUCAGUCUCCAAGAGAGGUGAAGGCUGCCUCCCAUGUCCUACAGAUGAUUUGGAGCUACAAGGAACUUCGUAAUGCUCUUCAAAAAGAAGGGUGGAACAAAGCAAACUUCCAGUCUGCCACAGCGACGCUGCCAAAAGGAUCCAAGAAUAAUGGAAAGUCUGGAUUUGAUGACAGCACACUUCCUCUGGUGGAUAAAAAUCAAGGAAACAAGAAGUCUGGAAGCCGUGACAUGAUCCCCAUGGGGGAGCUUGGCCCUGAUGGAUAUUCCACUAUUGAUCACAGAGACAAGGAGCGCAAAUUCAGAUCCAAUGAAAACAUGGGAGAUCUGUCAGAAAAAGAGCCCUUAAAGGGAUAAUCUUGUGGUGAUUCUUUUUGAGAAGACAUUUUUUUAUGUUAAUUUUUUCCAAACCAAGAAUCACUCAUUUUUAAUACACAUUGGAGGUAUCAUUGCCCACCACUGCCAUAAUGUUUUCAAUGAAGAACCAUUUUGGUAAGAGACUGAAUGAAAACUGCCAUCUGCUGUGAUUCAGAACCAAACUUGUGAUCAUCGCCAAAAACCGCUGUUGCUUAAUUUUACUUCAGAACUGAAUCUUUUUUAGUACAUAUGUAUAGUAUAUAUUCAUAAAGUAACAUUCCCUUUGAGGCUUCCUGCACCUUGCACCAUUUGAAGAAGAAUUGCCUUUCUAACGGAGAAUUGGGAUGGUGCAGCCUGUAGGACUAGAAGAUGGAAAGAAGGGAAUUGUUUUUAAUGGGCAAAUUUCCUGCACGAAAAAAAAAGAAAAGAAAAAAAAAACACAAGACUUUAAGGCAUUGACUUUAAAUCGAGCACUUUUCCUUUUCUUUGGUUUUCUGUUAGCUGCCUCAGCGUGAACUAUGAACGUUUUGUCGCUUGAGGUACAGAGAUAAUUUUAUUUUCUUGCUACAAAGUGAUGGAAAUAUCAAAAGGAUUGUGGAUUAAGAAAUACGUUGCUGCAUGGAAUGAGAAAGUGGGAAAAAAAAACCUUUUUAGAUACGUCUGUGCUGUAGACCCUGAUGGUUUUGUCCUUUUUUUAGAAAGUAUCUGAAUGUGAUGUAAGGAUUUACUUGCCGGUAAUAGAGCUCCUUCCCCAGGUCAUCUCUGCAUUCUGACUAUGGAAUGUAUUAAAGACUGGCGUUUUUCUGCCAAAUACUAUACCUUAGCUGGACUCCUUCUCCAAAACGUGCAUGUCAUUAACUGGAAUGCAGUUUGAGCUCACUCAUUUGCAUACAUGCUUUUACAAAGGGUCCUGUAGGUUGUACAUUUGACAACAUGUAAUAGUGUGUGUGUGUAUACACACACACACACACACACACACACACUCUUUUAUGGCUGGUUUAGCUACCGCCUGCAGCUACAGUAUGUUUCUCUCUCCUGCAAUCUGUGUGCAGAACAUUCUGCUGUAUAAUAAUUAUGCCUUUUAUCUUGUGCUUUCUCUCUUCAAUCACUUUGCAACAAGAUUUCAAGAACCGACCAACCAUCUCUGAACUGUCUGGAAGUUCUUUACCCUUUCUCAUCUUGCAGUCAUCUUAACUGUUUUAAGACCUUUUACCAUGAACAUAUUGCUGCAAUUCUGAUCCUUUUUAUUAAAAAUAAGGAAUUACGUUUACUGUUGGAAUUUUAAUGUACUUUCAGUAGGUGCUCAAACAGAUCUGUUACCGAGGGUGAGGUGUGCAUUCUUUUCUUGUAUUUGCAGGGAUGGGACUUUUUUUUAUUUUUACAUUAAUGUAAUAUUUCAUGCUGUACUAAACUUAAUGUGCGUAGAUGUUUUCUUGGAUGUUAAAAAAAACAAACAAAAUCAAAGCAGUCAAGAUCAUCUUACUGGUUGCCAUCUGUUAGUGUGUGUUGUAUGGGGUCAACCUGCACCCUUGUAAUCCUUAAAUAGAUUGAAUUCACCUCCAGUCUUGGGGUUAUAUGGAGAAAGAAGAAAGAAAAAAAAAUCAUGGGUCAACCCACCACCUAUUAUAGGAUGGUUGCCCUCUAUACAAGGCUGCAGGUAUCUCCCUUCUAUAUGGUUUGCUGUCCAGACACACAUGUAUCCUACUAUAAACUAAACAUUUAUUGAUUCUGUAGAAACAGAUGAUAGCAGCACAUUACAUUUUUGUAGCCUUGUUUAUUCUCUUAGGAUAUCUAAUAUACUUUCAAGAGGACUUUGAAACUAUAUCUGACAACUGUAACUGUAUAUCUGAAGAGUGAAAUCUGCAUUUUAACACCUGUAUAAGAGAUGACUCAUUUUUUUCGUUCACUGUUAAUAUCCUUAAUGUUGUUCCUGUGAACAGUGGAAUUUGCACUGCCUUUUGCCUUGGAGUUUGGUUUUUAUCACGUACUUGUUGCUUAAGGGGCUGUCAACGCAACGAUAGACAUGUGAAUAAUCUCAGCCUGUGUAUCCUAGCAGCAACAGAGCAUUUGCAUUUGGCUAGAACCUUGAAAAAUCUCUGACCUGUUCUGAAAGUGGUCAUCUUAUAAGCUGCCCUUGGACACUUGGCCAACUGGAAUAAUGCUGAUUUCAUGACCAUAUAUAGUUCAGUGUGUGUCUGUAUUGCCACAUGAUCUAUCCUCCAUAAGAAAGUAUUUGAAUUUAAAAAAGGGACUGGCCAAGGGACUGGCCAUAAUUUGUUCACAUUGAAUUGAUAAUUUUGUUGGAACAUACUGGUGUACAUUUUUGUACUGAUAUCCAAGUGCCGCAUUGCAAUAGUAGCCUGUGUUCUUUAAAAGGGUUGUCUCACGUCAGCACAUAGCAUUUAAUGGAGAGAAAGUUAAUACAAGACACUAAUGGAUUGUGAUUGUCCAUAUUGCCUUCUUUGCUGGCUGGAUUCAUUUUUCAAUUACAUUAUAUACUGCUCAUUUCCAUUGUUACAAACACCCUGCAAUCUAUCAGCAGUGGUUGUGCUUGCACACUAUAGGAAAAAGUAGUAGCCUAUGCGCGCUCCUACGGUCCAGAGGCCAGUGGUUUUUGCUAUAAUAUUCAAGCACAACCACCAUGGAAAUGAGCCAGUGUAUAAUGUGACGGAAAAAUGACUCAAGUCAUCAAAGGUGGCUAUAUGGACAAUCACAAUACAUUAAGUGCCUUGUAUUAACUUUCUCUACAUGAUAAAUGGCACUUGCUGAAGUGUGACAACCCCUUUUAAUGUCUACUCCGAGUAUAAUGCCAUAUUGCUGGGACUGAGGUUGUCACUAGUGCCAUUCUCAAUGUUCUUAGAAUUGCCAUACAAAAAAAGCAUUAGUUAAAUUAGAACAUGUUACCUCAGCAGAAAUCUGUUGUGUAUUGCAAGAAACCUUUGGAAAUAUAAUACACAUAUGGAUAUUGGAAAAAACAAGGGGGUAAACGUAUUAGUGUUUGGUGUUUUACGCCAGUCUUUGAGGCGCAGGCUCCAGAAUGAAAUCUACAGGAGCUCAGAGCAGCAGAUGUUGGUCUUCAUUUGUGCAAAUAAAAAUAAAUGUGGUGAACCUGCUGAGCCUCCCUCACCACACUUUUUGGAAAGUGUCCGGGGUGGCGCACAAAUGCCACUUGCAACAAAGUUUGUUUCUAGUGGCAUUUAAAAAGGUGCAAACAUGAGGUUUACAACUUUUUUUUUUUUUUUUUGCCAAAAAAGGGGCUCAUGGAGGUAAAACUCCCCAAGCCCUGCACUCUAAACUUUGGCUUCAAAAGGCAUUUUAAAGAGUAUCCACAGGAUAGGAGAUGACUAUUUUAGAUCGAUGGGGGUCCUACCACUGGGACCUCCACUAAUAACCAGAACGAAGCAGCAGGUUGGGCAUGCGCACUGCCACACUAUUCAUCUCUACAGAGCUCCAGAGACAGUGCUGUGUCUGGAACUCCCAUAGAGUGAAAUGGAACCGCAGUGCAUAUAUGCUGUGUCUAGGGGAUAACUGAUCACAGCAGGAACACCCCUUUUAAAUGAUUCGCUCUAAUUUUGCCAUGCAGACAGAGCAGCCCAAUUUAAGUUUACAUUUGCAUAAGGCUACAAAAAGUGUGUAACGAUUUCUUGGCCGCAGAAGCCUUCAUAAUUAAUAUCACAAAAAAGUUAGAUACAUGGUGACUGGUUUUAGAAAGUGUGUGCUUACCUUUUUAUAGUGGAAUAUUACAAGAGUAAUUUUGCUUCAAUGCAUAUUGACUUUUAGACAGUUGAUUUCUACAAGUGAGCACUGAUUUAAAAUAUAGCAGUAACUAGUCAAUAAAAAAAACAAAGAUCUUUAGUGUUGAAAUUUACUUUUCACACUAGCUGCACGGACCUCCUGCAGGCUGUUUCGGCGGGUGAUCAGCCUGUUGGAUCCGUCCUGCCGCUAGUGAACGCGUGCCCCCGGACUACCACUCCGGCCCCAUUGACUAUAAUGGGGGAGGGGUGGAGUUCCGGCGGCAGCGCACGCCGAGGGGCUGCCGGAAUCAAAGUACGUGUUUUGUUUUUUUGUUUUUCUUCCUUCCUGCUGUUAGAUUGGAAUUACACAUGCAGUUGUGAGCCAAAGUUCACUUUCACACUGCAAUAUUUUUGUUUGUAAAGUGUUUUGUAACCCAAAAUAUGAAUAGUGCAAAUGACUGACCACAAUAAAGCUGUGUAAGAGUGGUCUUGAAGGGGCUGUCCUAAAUCCCCAUAAUCCACCCUGCGGGACUGUUAAGAGUACUGUACCUGCUUCCCACUGCACUGUGGUUCCUGGGCUGUCUUGGACUUCCAGUCCCCUCCUCCACGGGCUAAUGUGUGCCACUGCAGCCAGUAACUGGCCUCAGAGGUGGCUUGUUCCGAAGUGGCUCAGCACAUCAUUUUCCCAACUUUUUUUUUCUCUACUAUGUUUUAAAAAUGAUGCAUCAGGUAAGGAAUAUAUAAAAUGCAGAUGUUUUAUACAUUUUUCAUCCUUUAUAAUCUGCUUUUUUGAUAGCUUGUGUGGCUGCGGCAUUCCUUGGCAGCAUGUCAUUUAGUGCAUCUCAUUAGACAUGUUUUUGGCGGUUAUGAAAGUAGCUCUGGUUAGAGACCAUCAUAGUGCCCUGACUUUUUGUGAGAAUUGUUUCACUGAGCUUACAUGGAUUAAAAAAGUUCUCCUCAUAUUGAGGUCAGGAUUGUAAUCAGUGAUUUGGUUUCUUUGAAUUGGACAACCCCUCCAACAUGCUCUUCUCCAAACAGCACUGGGAAAUGGGCUAAAAUAAAACAUGCAUCAAUAUUCACUUUCUAGAUCCAGUGCCGUUGCUCUGGUUCUCCACUUCAGGCUUAGUUUAUCUGGCAGCAGUGAUAAGGCAAUAAUACUGCAGCCAAUCAUUUCCGAGUGUCUGGUUUCUUGCUGAAACUGGAAUACCCCUUUUAAAAAAAAAUAUAUAAUUAUAAUAAUAAUGUAUGCUAUAUAACUGGUAAUACAUUAUUCUAAGACCUUGGUCACGAUCAUUGUAUUAUGUGGGUCAGAGAUUUUCUUGGGGACCAAGCCUAUAUACAUUAGGGAAAUGUUGCAAAAAAUCAGACUUUGCUCUGUUACCAAACUUUGGCAGCUAAAUUUUAUUAAAAAGAAAUCAACUGAGAAAUAUUUUAAAAGCAACCAUGUUUGUAACUAUCAUGUGCCUUAAACCAACUUUCAUGAUAGAUAUAAGCAAAGUGGAAAAAAAAAAAAAAACUACAGAAGGUUUCUACCUUUCCUUUUAUUCUUUGGCAUUUUCUGUUAUGUUGAAGGAGUUGUCUGAGUGUUUAAUACUGGUGAAGUAUUCAUCAGUAUCUGAUCAAUAGGUGUCCCACUUCCAGCACCCUGGCCGAUCAUCUAGUGAAGAGACCGUGGUGCUCUGCGAGCGCCACAGCUUCUGCCAAGGUCAGUGAUGUCACGUUCAUUGGUCACGUAGCCUAGCCUAGACAUGGCUAAGCUGCAAUACCAAGCACAGACACUAUCCAUUGGAUGAUGCUGUGAGGAGGCUGCGGCACUCGCUGGGGAGCUCAAGACCCUUCAAACUGCUGAUCAGUGGGGGUGUCAAAUGUCAGAUCCCUCCUCAACUGAUUUUAUACUUAUGACCUAUUCCUGGGGUGUGUCAUAAGUAUUAAACACUCAGACAACCCCUUUAACGUUUGAAUUGUGUUUAGACUGUAAUUCAAGAAUUCGCAAGAGGAAAAAACUGACUGAUUUUAAAGUGAUUGCUCUAAUUUUAUUUUCUCCCAAAAUGAUAAAUAAUCGCAAUCAAAGAGUUAAGAUAACAUUGUAUAUUCUAUGCUGGUGUUUUACUAAUCUGGAUAGAUUUGAUGCCUGUUAAGUGCCAGGUGUGAAAAAAAGAUGACAAGCUUGACCUGUUUUCAAUAAACCAUGCCUGGACCAAA